UGUUGCUGACAAGGAAUGGCUCAUACAGGUACAAUCUUAAGGGGGAACAUUCACCCAUUCUUUCAUGUUGCGCCAAGCCCUCUACUGAUCGCGAGCGUGAGGGCGUCCUGGCAUCAUUUUAAUUUGUGGUGGUAACGCCGGGUGGAUGUAGAAGAGCCGAACGGGUCAAGGAUGACUGUAUCAUCCCGAGUUUUAUUAAGCUCCUCGCAGGUCUACAUACCCGCUCCCAUUUAUAGCUGGACAGCCACGCUACAGUCUCCAAAUCUCAUCUUUCGAUACCUUUAAAUCAACGAUUGCCAUCGGAGUCCGCACUCACAUCGCCCUACCGUUUUGUUCCGCCCUGGCUUCGUCCUGUCCGUGCCGACGAUUCAUCCUCCCUAAUGGAUGCGGAUAGGAACCUGCCAAAUCUUCCUCGGAACCCUCCUCGUAUUCAGCCACAGUUGAUGCCCUCUCCCGAUCCCCGUGCACGAACCAUUCCAGCGCCGCCGUCCCAGUACCAACAGCCAUCUCUACCACCUAUCCGCCAGCUUCACCCCUAUCUCCCGCCCUCCGGGAUGCAACCUCCCCUGCCAACACGGGGACAUCCGGCGUAUGCUUAUCCACCAUCGUCUUCUUACUCUGGUCCUCCCCCAACGGAAGCCCACUUUGGUCCUCCAAUUCCUUCUCGAAGUGUACACCCUCGCUCUGAGCCCCCGGAAUCUGAGGCGGAGGGUGAGGCGGAAUCCCAGGGACCCGUCAAGAAAAAGAGACGGAGACAAGCACUCAGUUGCAAUGAGUGCAAGCGUAGAAAAAUCAAAUGUGAUAGAGCGCAACCCUGUGGCCCUUGCGUGCGGCGCGGUGAACAGUCAAAGUGUCAAUGGCGUACCUUGGAGCCAGUGGAUAAAUAUGUCACACGUCAGGAGUAUGACGCGCUGAAGGAACAGAGUAGAGCAGAAUAUGAUCAACUUAAGAGGAAAUUGGAAAGUUUAGAAGCUGCGGUUCUCCGAUUUUUACCUGCUUCACCAGCCGGCGCCCUCAGCGCACCGCUGUACUCGAUGCCAUCAGGCGUACCGGGACCACCUGCGGAAAAUCUCGUCUCUUACCAACCUGGCCCCUCCAGUCAAGUCCUCUACCCACCAAGCGGCCCAUCGUCGUCCUCGUACCACGCUGAAGCUACGCCUCAACCUCAUUACUACCCCACAACUUCGCCGCAUCUUGUCCCUGACAGUGCUCCACAUCCACCCGCGUCAGCCACACAAACGGCUUCAGGAAGCAGUGGCCCAGGUCAUAUCCGACGGCCCUCUGACGCCAAGUCUCCGACGCAAACGAAGCAAUCGCCCCUUUCACUUGCUUCAAUUACUUCGCCCUACAGCCCAGAGUCCCAGUCAAAAAACUGGCGCGCGCAGACGCUCAGAUUACUGGGCGGGCGUCUGCGCCCUAGCACGAGGAGGUUGGAAAGGCCCAGUGGUUCUUCUUUGCGACACACGUCAGCGACGGAACAACGCCCGACAACGUCGACUUCCUCGGAUGUUGCCAUGGAAAGUAUGUCGGCGCCUCCCACGGGACUUCACAUGCUCGGUUCUUCGUCUCGAGGGAGGUACGGAGAUCCCCCCGGUACACACAUGGGAGUAACUUCAAGCCGAGAAGCAGGGGAAGGCAGAGACCGGAGGCAAGGCCCUCCCUCGGACCGAUAGACAGGUGCUCACACUAGGCUUGGUCGCUAUGGAUGAUUGCAUUUUUCUUUCUUUCUUCGUG